UCUAAUAUCUUGUCGAAUAAAUUAUUCGUUCUCCGUGCUCGUCUACUCGAAUUAUCUUCUUAAAGUGGCGUUGGACGUCUAAACUCGGCACGAAACACAGAGAUGAACAGAGAUAGGAAUCAAGAAUGACGAAUGUUCGUUAAAAGCGCACUCUAGCGUCGUACAAACGAAACUACGUAAUGGAAUAAAAGCUAUCUAUACUUUCGAACAAACUGACCAAUAAGAUACGAACUCAAAGAAUCCGUAUGGAACGCCGUAUCGGUUAAUGCGUACAAAACUAUGGCCGUUAGAAAAUUGCGCCAUGUUUUAGUUCACGAGUGGAUUGUUUUCUGAAAGUGGUAUAUGAGAGAAAUCUUUCCUGAAUAGCCUAGUUUUAUGAGAUUGCCAAAAAAAAAGUUAAAAGAAGUUGCACGUGUGCAUGAUACAUAGGUCAAAGGAAAAUAGUGAAAUAAAGAGAAAUUAUUGACAGUCUCGAAUUAAUCUCUUCGUCUUUUUAAUUCAUCGUGCGUAAAUUUUAUGCGCCAGUUUAAUACGUGCGGAUCGAACUGUUUAAAUAUUUCAGUAUGGUUUUGGUAAACAAAAUGUCGGUAGAUAGUCUCAGUGAUGCAGAAUUACGUAGUAAGCUUAUGGAAUAUGGAUACCCGGUAGGUCCUGUAACACAGACAACCAGAAAAAUACUUGUUAAAAAAUUAAAGAAUCUUAUAGAAACCCGAGGUCUUGCUGCAACGCGUCAUUCAUUAGCUGCCAGAUAUAGCAGCGACGAAACCGACGAGGAUACGGCCUCGACUGUGGUUAAAAGAAAGAAAUCAGGUUCGAGUACGCGUCGUCAGACUUUGGCCAAUCCUAUGCCACCGCCAUCUUCCGCAGUACCUGUAUCUUCCGAAUCUAAAAGUUUGAUCAAAGAUCCUAAUGUAGAAAUAGUUGAUAAUAUUAUACCUGAGUCGGUUGCUGGUCCAACGUUUACCAAUCGUACUAUUACAAAUAUACAAAAGAAACAUACAAAAAUUUAUAACUCGGCUAAUCUAUCGGAUGGCUUAGAAACUGGUUCAGAUUCAGAUGUUAGAGAAGAUACUAGGUCGACGUACUCGCAGUCUAGAUAUUUGACUAAUGUUGAAAAACUGUACGUUUCUAAACCGCAUACCGAACACAUGAUUGGCGAUGAUCAAUCUACAAAAUCAUAUGAAUCAAUGUCAAGACCGGUACAUACUCUUAAAGAUAAUAAAUAUGUUGAGCCUGCUUUUAAAAGUUAUACUACAUUUAUGCCAUCAACUAAAGAAGAUGCAACUGGAAGAGAUACAAGAGAUUUGCUUUCUAAUUAUGAGACUCCAUUUUUAUCAGAAUUUACAAGAAGGCUCAGUUCAAGAACAUCAUUGGAUCCUUCUACGUCGUCUUUAUCUACGAUAAGCAGUCCUACGAUAAGACACACAUCGUCCGUUAUACCAGAAACUAGAGAGAAGGAUUCUAAUGGUCAUUUCUCCUCAUUAAGAUCUUUGUACACUACUUCAACUUCGAGACCCGUUGUUACAACUACUGAUAGAUCUCGCAAUACUAUUGGUAAAACAUUCAAGUCUACCUCUAAUAAGGAAGAAUCACGGAACAAUCAAAAUAUGGUUUCGGUGAUACUGGUGGUAGUACUUGCUUCAUUUUUUGGAAUUCUGGCAAUAAUAUACUUGGGGCUUGGUGGUAAAGGUGAAACCUUCCCAUCAUUGUCAAUGGAUAGUGAUAUACCGCUCUGUUUUAUGGGAACACCUGAUCUCAAAGCACCUGGAGUUAAUUGUGUAAUGAAAGAAAAUGUAGAAUCUGUAUUACAAUUGUUAAAACGACUCCAACCAAUUUUAUUGAAGAAGGCAAUAUCGGUGCUGUGCGACAAUUCGAGCGAUAUACCAUAUCUAACAGACACUGAAAUUAUGGAUAUGUUUGCAAACAAUAAAGUGACACCUCUAGAAGUGAAAGAAGAUUUACAAAAUGCACAACUUCUUAUUAUUAGGAAUCCUCAAUGGGGUAUUUCACUCAUUGACGUAAGCGAUGGCGAUAAGGCAUCCGGAGAAGUAUUGAAUUCGUUGGAUAGUAUAUUCCCAGCACGUAUGAAUGGAAAAAUAGGGAUGGUCAUACUGAAUCCAGAACUGCCAUUGCAGUGUCAUAUAAAGAAUAAGUUAUUCACCAUUUUUUCAACUCUCCUGAUAAUCUCCCUUGGCCUUUUAGCAGUUAUUGGGACGCAGAAACUAUUCGUUUGGUAUAAAAGAUACCAAAAAUCCGUGGAAAGAGAAGUAUUUAAGCUAGUUAGCGAAAUCAUUAAUGUGGUUGAACAGCAUCAUCAAAAUGCAGGACUGUCACCUUCUGGUUCAACGCAAGAUAUUUUUCUUGCGAUAAAUCAUGUCCGGGAUAAUCUAAUUUUACCAAAAGAUCGUAAAAGGAUGGCUGGAUUAUGGGAGAAAGCUGUUAGAUUCUUGGACGAGAACGAAUCUAGAAUUCGAAGAGAAGUGCAACAAGUUGCCGGAGAAGAAUUUCACGUGUGGCGUUGGUUACCUAAUAAUACUCUAAACAAGUCUAACGCGCAAAGUCCUUCAUUGAAUAAAAAGUCAAAAGUUUGGCAGGGACAAGCAUUUGAAACUAUGGAAGGAUCGGUUAAUAGUUUAACAUGUUCACCGACACCCUGCUUAAAGAUAAGACAUAUGUUCGAUCCAGAUGCCGAGAAUGACGACAAUUGGGAGAUCAAAAUACAAGAUGCCAUUUUAGAAAAGUGUGGAGAGGGAGUGAAAAUACUUCAUAUUCGAGUGGAUCGUGGGAGCCGAGAAGGUUGUGUUUACAUGAAGUGUAUAUCGCAAGAAGAUGCUGGAAAAGCUUACAGAGCAUUACAUGGCUGGUGGUUUGACGGUCAUUUAGUUACGGUCAAAUAUUUACGACUCGAACGAUAUUAUGAAAGAUUUCCAGAUGCGGUGCAUUGCACGACACCUUUAAAGCCAAGUAACAAUAAACGGUUGUCUAUGCAGGCACAUUAUUGGCAAAGUCCAUUAGAAUCUAAUUAAUAAACACUGUGUAAUUGCUCAUCAUAUCCUAAAAAGAAAAAAAAAAGAAGAAAAAAAAAAGAAUUGAAUUUAUUUUAUAUAGUCAUUUGUAUCUGAGAUCUAUUGAUAUAUUUUUUAUGUUUCGCUAUAAUCUCAUAACAAUACGAUGCGAAAUGAUUUAAAUUCGUGUGAGUCAAUUGUUUCUUUUUUUUUUUAUUUUUUUUUUAUUGUCUUUUUUUUGUUUUUUUUUCUUUUUUUUUUUUUUUUUGUUUUUUUAAAACAUUUUAAUCAUCAUCUUAAAGUAAUUUGUAAAUCUUUUUCAUCGGACAUUAUUAUUUAAAAGAAAAGAAAAGAAAAAAAAAAAGCAAAUAACAUUUCUCAUCCAUCAAAAGAAAAAUCUUUAUGUGUCAUUGUAAAAAUGUAAUGUAAAAACUAAAUUUUAUAGAACCUUAGAGUAGUAAUAUAGGUGGGUACCAGAUUAUCAAAGAAUAAUAUAUCCUUUAGAUCUCUAUUUCUCCUAUACUACUUCUAAUAUUGAUUAAUUCCUUCCUAAAUACAAUUUUAUGUUACGUUUUAUCUUAUGGACGAUAAAAUCCACGAUUCAAAUCUACCUUUCUUUUUUUGUUCUUUUAUUAUUAUUAUUAUUAUUAUUAUUAAUAUUAUUAUUAUUAUUAUUAUUAUUUAAUGACCGUUAAGCGAAAAGUUAUUUAUUUUAUAUGUUCUUAAUUUCGUCGCACUUUAAUUGCCGUUUGAUAUCUGGACCUGAUUAAUAGCUAAUAACAUAAGGACGUUAUUAAUCUGUUGACCAUGAAUAAUGAGUUUUAAUUUUUCUCGAAGAAUAAAAAAAUAAAUAAGUAUAUCGCUUUAUAAAUUUAAAAAAAAAAAAAAAAAAAAAGAAAAGAAAAGAAAAACAAAAAAGUUAUAUUUAUCAUCCGUAGAAUUUGCUUUUUAUAAACAAAUAUUUGUCACAGAUUCGCCAACACAGAUCCGACUAUUUUCCCGGUUAACAGAUUAAUAUUUCACUUGAAGCCUACAAGGUGGGUGCUUAAGUAUUGAAAGUGUCCUUAAAAGCACCCUGUAAUAGGAUCACUAUGAUUAAGUUAUGAAUAAGGACAGAAGUCAAUGAGAAGUCUGUCUUAUGUAAUGUAUUUGUACUAACUUUUUAUUUUACGUUUAAUAAAAGUAAAAAUCGGA